AUGCCCUGCCAGUCUCAUCCGUCACCUAAUUUGUGGAGAAACUCCUCUCUUGAACUCCUUGAUAUUGGCUCCAUCAAUGCCAACAGCCGUCAGUUUGUGCUUGCACACCUGGAGGUGCUUGCCACCAAACUUGGUUUCAGCGUUACCGAAAGGGUGCCAUCCUCCAUUGUUCUCCAGAACAAUUUAGACCGUCUAUCGCUUGAGUUAACCCACUCAAUCCUCGGCCACCUCCCUAUCAAUGGAUUAAAGAGUUUUGCUCUUACAUCCCCCUGCACUGCUGCUCAAGCUGCCGCAUAUCAGCAAUUUUGUGUUCAAAGAGUUCUGGCAUUCUUUGGUCUCAAUUUUUGGGACGUUCAGCCUUUGCUCCAGCGCUAUGGUGCCAUUAUUUCCGGUUCCUGUGCUCUUCUCACCACUUUGCCUGCAUCUAUGCACUUCAAACCAAGGAACAUUGACUUUGUGGUUCCCUAUUGCUCUGAAAGACAAUUUGCACAUGACCUCCUUUGCAACACCAGCUAUGCCUUCGACUCUCUCUUGAUCUUUACAUUCAACUAUGCCAUCGCAGCCUCGGCUGCCAUCAUCUACAAGGGAUGUUGUGAGCUUGAAAGGACUUGUUAUGUCUCUGGCAGAGUUACCGCCCCUGAUGCGGAGCUUAAUGCCAUCUUGUGUGCAGUGCGCCUUGCUGUCAAGCAGGCAAACUGCCAACAUAUUAUGGUCUUUACUGACUCUAUGGGCUCAGCCCAUAAAGCAGUGGACCCCUCCGUGCACUCUGGCCAGGCUUUUAGUCUGUCAGUCUGUCACGCUCUCCAAGAGUGGUUUGAGGCGGAUGAUCUCUGCCACAUCACCUUCGUCUACGUCCCAUCUGCAUUGCAGUGGGAUAUCCAUGGUGAGGCACACAAGUAUGUCACCGAACUUAAAGUCAGGGUUGGACGUCGCAAGACAGACAACUCUAUAGACACGCUUCGCUCUCAAGCUGCGCACUCAGUCCUGGAUUCAUGGAGUUCCACUUUCCAGGAUCCAACCUACGGAGGCUCUGAAUUCUUAGAGCUUCAACAGCCUGACAGGCAGCCGCUACAGCCAUCGUACCUCAAUGGGGGACCUUGGCUUUCAACUUUCGGACACAGUAUCACUGAGUUCGCUCGUGUUUGCUGGUGCAUAACUGGCCAUGCGCCCAUUGGGGCAUACUACCGAUGCUUCAAGAUCAAUGAGCCUCAUGGCUGCACUUGCAGGGCUGCUCUGCAGUCUCACCAGCACGUCCUCUUUCGCUGUCGCGAUAGAUACUCUGUACACUAUCCCCGUUUUCUUGGGGAUAUUGCAUCGUUUAUGAAGUAUAACCCUACAGCGUUUGGCUUCAACCGGGACCCUUUGGGUAUCGGAUAA